CGAUCUAUGUUUUGUUCCGUUUGUAAAGUUAAUAGCACAGUUUUUACCGGAAGUUCCAUACCAGAAACAAAAACUACUUCCUUUUUACAUGGGUUAUUAGGGAAUCCAACAUAUAGAGCAUCAUGAAGCUCAACGUCAGUUUUCCAGCCACGGGCUGUCAAAAGUUGAUCGAAGUUGAUGAUGAGAGGAAACUGCGUCCAUUUUAUGACAAACGUAUUUCAGCUGAGGUUUCUGCCGAAAGCUUGGGAGAUGAGUGGAAGGGAUAUGUUGUUAGAAUUAGUGGUGGAAAUGACAAGCAAGGUUUUCCCAUGAAACAAGGUGUUCUGACAGUGUCUAGAGUAAGACUACUUCUUAGCAAGGGUCACUCAUGCUACCGCCCACGUCGCACUGGAGAACGCAAACGCAAGUCUGUUCGUGGAUGCAUUGUUGAUGGACAACUUAGUGUAUUGUCUCUUGUCAUUAUUAAGAAAGGUGAACAAGAUAUCCCUGGUCUUACAGACAAGACUAUUCCCCGUAGACUUGGUCCAAAGAGAGCAAGCAAAAUCAGAAAGCUCUUUAAUCUAUCUAAAGAAGAUGAUGUGAGACAGUAUGUUGUUAGGAGACCCCUUCCAGAGAAAGAAGGCAAGAAAGCCAAGAGCAAAGCCCCUAAAAUUCAGCGACUUGUGACCCCAGUCGUCUUGCAACGCAAACGUUUCCGUGCAGCAUUGAAAAAGAAGAGAGUGGUCAGGAAAAGGGAAGAACAGGCAGAGUACACCAAAUUGUUAGCACAGAGAAUGAAGGAAGCUAAGGAGCGUAAAGCUGAGAGAAAGAGGUCCAACUCAAGAAGUAAAGGUGAUUCUAUCAGAGAGUCUGUCUCAAAGAGUACACCUGCUGCUCCAGCAACUGCAAAAUAAAUGUGUUGGAGAUUGUUCUAAGAUCAGUAAAAUAAAAAUAAUAUUGCAAGUUU